CUUCUCUUCUUCCUUCAUAGCCUGAGAAAAAAGAGCUAGCCAUGGCUGAAUCUCAUGCUCCCCAUGAUCAGUCAUUCCAUACUGUUCUUCAGAUGGAGAUGAUGAACAAGCUGCCUGCAGCCAUGAGUGCCAAUGGGCAGCAAGAAGGGAAGGAGGCCCAAGGAAACAAGAAUAAGAUCGGUGGCUUAGUACUGAAACGUGGACUCUUGUACUGGGUUAUAGUCAUUUUAGACUAUUUAUGCAUCUCAGUAGGUAGUGUCUCGUCUGCCUUGCUAGCAAGGCUUUACUUUGUGCAUGGAGGAAGCAGGAGAUGGAUCUCUUGCCUAACACAAUCCGCUGGUUUCCCUGUACUCUUCAUUCCUUUGGCAAUCUCACACUACAUGAACCCCUCAUCUGGUUAUAGACCUUUCAGUUGCUUCACUCCAAAGGUGUUGCUCUGCACCAUCCUGCUGGGCUUGCUUCUGGGGUUUGACAACUUCACCUACGCUUGGGGGAUCUCAUACAUCCCAGUUUCCAUUGCCACCUUGCUGCUUUCUUCCCAACUGGCCUUCACCGCAAUCUUUGCCUGCUUGAUCGUCAAGCAACCAAUGAAUUUCUCCACACUGAACUGCAUUAUUCUGUUAACGUUGAGCUCUGCUCUUGUGGGCAUAACCAGUAGCCAUGAAACUCCUGCAGGGGUGACCACUUUCCAGUAUGCAAUGGGAGUUAUGUCCACAAUGAUCACUGCAGUUCUCUUUGGUCUGUACCUCCCAUUGCUGGAGCUACUGAACGACCAUUUCAGGAAGAAGCAGGUGGCAGUAAGUUUCAGCCUUGUGUUGGAGACCCAGAUUGUGAUUCUGGCCACUGCCAGUACAUUUUCUUGUUUGGGUAUGGCCGUGUGUGGGGAUUUCAAGAGGAUCAUGGCCGAAGCAGAAGGAUUUGGUCUUGGGCAGCUGAAGUAUUGGCUGUGUUUGGUGUUUGGGGCAAUUUCAUGGCAGAUGAACUUUGUGGGGUCUGCUGGGUUCAUUUUCUUGACAAGCUCAUUGGUGACUGGGAUCUGCACGACUGCACUCAUUCCAGCAAACGUUGCAUCUCCUGUGAUAUUUUUUCACGAGGCCUUCAGUCCAGAGAAGGGGUUUGCUGUGAUCCUGUCUAUUUGGGGUUUCUUUUCUUACCUGUUUGGAGAGUACAAACAAAACAAGGCCAAGCCCAAGGGUACUACUGUACAGCAGCAACCCACCAUAUAGAGGUGAUUCACAGUCCUGCCUCUCUCUCUCUCUCUCCAUCCUCCCUCUGAAACAAUGAAAAAGGAAAGAAAUAAAUUAGGAUUUUGUUGUUUUUGUUGUAUAUUUUAAGUUGACCUCUCUCUCUUUCUGUGCGCCCUUGGGAACAAACUUCAAGGGAAGAAAUAGGCGGAAUCUGUGGCUAUUCCUGUAUAACUUAAUAUGAAUUGCUUGUUUGCACUUGGGGUGUAUUUAUUUCUCUCCUUUAAUGCAGCUACCAAGACAGGCGAGAAAAUGGUGAUAAAGCCUGGAAUUCUACGUUUUCAUUUUCUUGUAGUUCCCGUUUGUUAGUGGCUAGGAAGUAGGAACUCCUUCAACCACUUAAAAUGGCUUUUCUUCUAAGAGAAAUUGCCGGCACAACCUGCGCUAGAAGAAGAAGAUCAUGGAGGACAAAAAUUUAAACCAGAUGCCUUCGUUGUUCACUUUUGGUAUUUGGCUUUGAGCACAAAAAUCUAGAUACCAAAUGUAAGGUCCUCUUUGGGUGAAGCGUGCCUACAUCUUAAUACCACCUGGACUUCUCUCGUUGACAUGCCAACAUGAUCUUUUGGUCGGAACAUGCUUUAUACCAAGUGCAGAUCUGGUUCUGCCUUCGAGCCCACCCCAGAAAAAGUCAAGUCGCUAACAUGAAAAAGUACUUGAAUGAAGCAUAUGAAGCCCGGCCCAUCUACCUAAUGGAUUAGGUCGGCCCAAGUCAUGGGCACAUAAGGCCUGAACAAGGGUAAUUUGAAAAAUGGGAAAAGUUGAUUCCUUUAGAAUGGACUAGACAUGUAGUUGAAGAGGUAUUGUCUCGACAUGAAAACUUGGCUAUGGUUCGGCCUGGGACCAUGUUCAAGCUCAUAAAGGCUGGCCAGGCCUUUAUAGGUCAAGCAAGAGCGGGCUGGCUCAGCCCUGCUACCCAGACACCAUCAAGUUCAUGUGUUUUCUCUCUGAGAAUCCAAAUUCAUCUUGAUCGGACUUUGAUAUAAUCCAAGUUAUUCACUGUAACUAACUAUUAAUGG